AUGGCCGUCCCCAAAGUUGCACCAGCUGAGAGAACGCCAGUCAUCGACCAGUCCAAGACCAGCAUUUUGCAUCCCAACAUCCACAGAAAGCCGCCGCCGAUUGUAGCCUCUGGCAAAGGGUCGUACUUGAUACUCGAAGAUGGCCGCCGGAUCUUUGAGGCGUGUGCAGGCCCUGCCGUCGCCUGUCUCGGCCAUGGGAACACUGAGGUUACUCAGGCUGUUGUCGAGCAGAUGCAGAGCGUGUCCUACUGCUUUGCCUUGAAUCAGUCCAACCGGCCGGCCGAAGAACUUGCCAAGGCGGUGAUUGAGACUACGAAUGGAAAGCUUGCAAAAGGAACCAUCAUGAGCUCUGGCUCGGAGGCUGUCGAGGCAGCAAUGAAACUCGCAGUGAAGUACUUUGCGGAACUUGGCGUACCCAAUAGGGCGGGCUUCAUAGCCCGAGCGGGUGCCUUUCACGGAACCACUCUGGGCUCACUUGCGUUGAGCGGCAAAGUCGCGUUCCGUAAACCGUUUGAGCCGCUCCUCAAGAGCGACAUGGUAUCCUUUGUCUCGAUGCCCAACAUGUAUCGCGGCAUGCUCAAUGGCGAGACUACGGAGGGGUACGUCGAGAGACUGGCGUGUGAGCUCGACGCCGAAUUCGAGCUUCGCGGACCCAACAAUGUCUGUGCCUUUAUUGCAGAAACGGUCAGCGGAAGUGCACUGGGCUGCCACACUGCGCCUCCGGGAUACUUCAAGGCUAUCAAAGCGGUAUGCGACAAGCAUUCGGCACUGCUAAUCCUUGACGAAGUUUUCUGCGGCAUCGGCCGCACGGGGACCUACCAUGCCUGGCAACAGGAAGAUGUGAUCCCCGACAUCCAGACAGUAGCAAAGGGCGUCGCUGGCGGGUACGCACCCGUCGCAAUGAUGCUCGUUCAUCAGAGGGUGGUCGAUGCCAUCGACGGCGGAUCCGGCGUCUGGAACCACGGGCACACUUUUAGCUCGCACCCCGUGGCAUGCGCAGCGGGUGUUGCCGUUCAACGUAUCAUCAAGAGGGAAGGUCUCGUGGAGAACUCGAUGCGCAUGGGAGAGCGUCUGGGAGCGGCUCUGCGCGCUGCUCUGAGCGGUCAUCCCAAUGUUGGGGACAUUCGAGGCCGAGGGCUGAUGUGGGCGGUCGAGUUCGUCAAGGAUAAGGCCACGAAGCAGCCUUUCCCUGCAGAGGAUGCCAUAUCUGCUAGGAUAAAUCAGUCUCAGUCUGAGAAGCAGGGCGGCUCCAUCGUCCCCUCUUCGGACCCGGACCCUGAAUCCAUCUCCGGAACCCAGCACGGAGACGGAGAAUCAUCCCCUGCAGAACCAGAACAUGAAGUCUACCCGGAGGGCGGUACCCAGGCAUGGCUUGCCGUUGCGGGCUCCUUCCUCGUUUACUUCGCAUCUUUCGGUGUCGUGAACAGCUUCGGCUUCUUCCAGACCUUUUAUCAACAAGAGUACCUGAAGAAUUACUCGCCCACCGCCAUUUCCUUCAUCGGAACCCUGCAGAUCACCCUGAUGUAUCUGUCAGGUGCUGUUGCCGGAGCACUGUUUGAUCUCUACGGUCCCAAACCGAAUGCGAUCUGGCAGCAAUUUCUGGCCCAAUCACUUCUCUUCGGCCUCACAGUCGCCUAUGGAGUGCAACCCGCUCUCACGGUUGCAGGGCAGUAUUUCCACCGCAAGCGUGCUCUGGCCAUGGGAAUCGUCGCCUCCGGUAGCAGUUUCGGAGGAGUUUGCCUGCCAAUCAUGUUCUCCAAACUGAUUCCCACCAUUGGUUUUCCGUGGGCACUGCGUGUCGGGGCCCUGAUCAUGGUCAUCUGCUACGCUAUAGCCAUAGCCGUCUCCUCGUCUAAGCGGCCCAAGAGGAAGAUGAGAUCUCUUAGGGAUCUGCUUGACUACAAAGGCUUUCUCGACAUCCGAUACUCUUGUCUCUCAGCCGGAGCAGUCAUCUCAAGUCUCGGCAUUUACGUUCCGUUCUACUACAUUGAGCCGUUUUGCGUCGCCCUUGAUCCGAAUUCGACCAUUCGGCCUUACCUUCUCCCGCUGAUCAACGCGGCCAGUCUUUUUGGUCGUAUCAUUGGCGGUCAUGCGGCGGACCGCAUCGGACGGCUGAACUUUCUCUACCCCAUGAUCCUUUUAUGUGGGCUUUUGUGCGUGGCGAUGUGGCUCCCUGCUACAACCCCUGGCGUUCUGGCUGGCUUUGCCUGCCUCUACGGCUUCGCAUCUGGUGUCUUCAUCUCAGUCAUGCCUGCCGCCACUGGCCAAAUCAUCCCUGCUGAUAAGUUGGGCGCAAGGCUCGGCGCUUUUGGCACCGUUACGUCUAUGGCGUUUUUGACCGGCAGUCCAAUCGCUGGCGCGUUGAUUACAAGUGAGACCCGAGCCGGGUACCAUUCUCUGAUCAUCUUUGCAGGGUGUUGUCUGCUUGGAGGAGGAGCCAUCAUCUUCGUUGCUCGUCUCCUGCACGACAGAAACCUCAAAAGCAAAUGGUAA